AGUAAAAUGUGUGCCACAGGAAACAACAGGAAAUCAAAGAAAUCCUCAAAGAACCUGAACUAUAUAGACAACAACCAGAAGGAGAUAACUCAAUAAAAAUAAACAACAAAUGAACAAAUAAAAUAACUACACAAAAAUCGAGGAAAAGGAAAAGUCAGCGAGAGAAAUAAUCACAAAACAAACAACCAGAAAGAAAGAAAGCUUUAACUAAAAUAUUUUUAACUAUACAAUAUACAUACAUAUAUAUAUAAAUUAAUUAUAGAAAUAGCCACUUAAGUGUUUAGUGCAUAAAUGAAUUAAUUUUUAAACAAAAUAACUGGGAAAAUCAAGCAAGUGUACAGACCAAAAAAACGAGAGGGCAUCUUCUGAUUUUCGGUGAUAUGGUGUAAAUGUGAUAAACAACGUUCUAAAAACAAACAAACAACAACAACAAACAAACAACCAAACGUUUUAAAACUCAAUUACCACAAUAACAAAGAAAAACAAAAUAAACACCUUUAAAUAGUGUUUUAUUUUUCCUUCCUUCGCAAAGUUUUUUGCCACGAAAAUCCAAUACAAUAACUAUUUAUCUACAAAUACUAAGCCUUGCAUCUUAUAAACAAACUAAACUAAAAGUAAACUAAUCUAAGUCUCGCACAAAACCAAAGCAAAUCGAGUGAAAACAACAACAGCGUCAGAGAUUUUUGGUUCAACCUUUUUUAUAAAAAAUAUUCUCUCAACUGCACUGCCGCAAACUUUUCGACAAAUAUGAUUUUUUUUCUGAAAGAAUAAUAAGAAAAAUAUAAAAUAUUCGUACAAAUAUUACUAAAAAGAAAACUAAGCAAAAAUUCUUAUGAGCCGCAGAGACAAAAAGAAAAUAAAAGACAAAACUAACCAUAAACGAAAAUUUGUUCACAAAUUUUUGGAGCUACAUAAAACCGUAUAAACAAAAUGCAAUAGUCUAACUCACAUAUUGAGUACACUUGACAUAAACUGUGAUUAUGAGUUCCACAAAAUCUCAAGUAGCCCUAGCUACGAAUAUUCCAACCAAUUUAUCCUCUGCCGCUUCUGCCUCAACAGCGGCCGCUGCGGCCGCCGUUGUUGUUGUUGCCAGUGCCAACGCCGCCGUUGUUGCCUCAAACACUAACUCAUCCGGAUUGGGUUCAGGAUCGGGAUCGGGAAUAGCAGGAGUAACCGGAUCAGUAGCCGCUGGAGCAGCCACUGCCACUGGAGCAACAGGAUCCACAGUCACAGCAGCAGCAGCAUUAUCAUCCGCAGCGGCAACAUCCUCCACUUCCGUGGCCACAAUCUCGAGCAACUGCAGCAGCAGCAACCUCAACAACAACUGCGGCGAGGAGUGCCAGACGGCGGCCGGAUCCUCCAACUUGGGACGUCAGAACAGCUUCGGCAAUAGACGAGGUAACAUGAAGGGCAAACAUCUGACGCGCAGCCAUGCGAUGCGUGAGUCCACUUCGCCACCUCGCACGCCAACGCCGCGGGCUGCCUCCGAGCAGCAACAGCAGCAGCAGCAGCUCCAGGGGGAAUCCCACGAGCACAACAACAACAACAAUAAUAACAAUAUCAAUAGCAAAGCACAAUCAACUGGAAGGGGCAACUCGCCGUUGAUGGAGACGCCAGCCGUGAUUGUCACUAGUCAGCAACCGCAGCAGCAACAGCAGAAUGUGCCCCCAAAGCCGCAGCAAAAUGUGCCAUUGAGCAACGAGGCGGAGUUCCCAAAGCUUUCGCCACCAAAGAAGUCCGGCGGUGGCCAACACAAUCGCACCAACAGCAAUGGCAGCGGCAUGGAGUAUAACAAUAACAGCGGCAAGAAGUUCAUGGUGGAUCUUAAGUCCAACGGAUUGGACAGCAAACCACACAAUAACAACAGCUCAUCCGCGGGUGUGAUCUACAACUCGGGAAUGAACUACAAGGCGGCGGAGCGCCAUGAACGCCACGAUCGUCACGAGAUGUCCAGCCAGAACAGCAACCUGAGCAACAACCACGACGAGGAGCAGUAUCACUACGAGCCCAGAGGCGGAGGAGGAGGCGGAGGCAAGAAGCAUCGCGCCAACACCAAUGCCAAAGGUAACAAACCACGGUUGAAGAAUCUCGGUGGCAGCUCAUCAGGAAGCAUUGAUUUAGGAGGCGGCGGCGGUGGAGAUAGAGGAGGGGGAAACGGUGGAAAUGGCAACAACAACAACAUGUCCAACAACGGCCUGUCCAACAACUCGAGCAACAACACCUCGGGCUUCAUUUCGCGCGUCUUUCAUCAAUCAGAGAACUCGAGCGAGCAGUACACGGACUACGGCGGCACCGAUCUGCUGGUCUUCUUCCGGGACACGCUCAACAAGAAUCCCAAGGAUCGCAAUAUCCUCUUGAAGAUCGAGAAGGAUCUGAUAGAGUUCAUCCAGGAAAAUAGUCGCGGUUGUGAGUAUCGUUUUCCGCCAGCUUCCUCGUACAAUCGUAUGCUGAUCCAUCGCACGGCCGCCUUCUUUGGCAUGGAGCACAAUGUGGACACCGAAACGCAACAGUGUGUGAUUGUUGCCGUUGCCAAGAACACGCGUAUACCAGAGAUCCGCUUCCAGUCGCUGGUGCGCGACGAUGCACGCAAGUCAAUUCUGAAGCGGGACACGCACAGCUUCGACGAGGUGCGUCAAUCGCCAUACUUGUGCCCCCUCUCGCUGGAUCGCAAGGCCAAGAGCUUCGAGGAGCGUGAGGAGGACUACGAUCGGGCGCGCAGCCGCAUCUUCAGUCGAACUGGAGGCAAUCACGAGGGAUAUUCCGGCGGCGGUGGCGAUGAGGAGUGCUACGGCGGCUGGGAGCAGCAGCAGCAACAGCAGCAGAAGCAAUCGCAGCCCCCUCGACCCAAGAGGCCCAAUGGAAAGAUGCUGCAGAUGCAGAAUUCCACGGAAUCACGCGAUGGCAUGCGAUCCGGUGGAGCCGUGCCCAAGUCGCACAACUUUGGCAACUACGGCGGACCGCCCAGUUCGGGAGGUCCUGGCAACAAUUCCUUGCCACGCGGCGACUCAACCAACUCGAUCAAAAGCGGACGCGGUGGCUUCGUGAAGCAGGACUCGACUGGCAGCACUCCAUGGCGACUGUCUCCUUCCAGCAGUGGCUACAAGACGCGCACCCAAUCCGUGCGCUCCGACUCCGUAACGCCAUCGCCGACGGGUUACGGCAGCGACAGGCAGACGCCGGAGUUGAACCACCCCCCACCAUCCAUGGUGAGCACAGCCACCCACCACAGCCGGAUGGCACCACCACCCAUCAUUGGGUCAUCGGCGGGUGGCGGUGGCGGACCAGGAGCCAUUGCCGCAUCGCCGGUGGAUAUGGGAAGCGAAGCCACCGGGGCUGAUCCAUCCUCCAACUCCUCGUCCAAUUGCUCUCCGUCGUCGGGAACGUCGGGACUGGUCUGGGCCGUCACAGACAUUUCGAAUGUGCCAAUUGGCAGCCUCCUCAUUGAUCCGCAAACCCUCCAACCAAUUGUCAAUGCAGACGGUUCCAUCUACCACUACGACCCGUCCAAUCUGCCGCCCAACCAGGCGCUCCAGCACACGGGCAAUCAGUACCAGUCGCAGAACCAGGGGAACUCCUCCUCCGGUGGCUACAACAACUACCGCAAGUCGUCGCCGCAUCAGCAACAUCAUCAGCCGCAGCAGCAGCAGCAUCAGUCGCAGCAGCAACAUCAGCCGCAGCUGCAGCAGCAGCCACAGCAGCAUCAGCAGGCGACCCAGCAAUAUGCCACCACUGAGCUGUCCUGCAGCUCCACCGAGAGCUACGCGGAGGAGGAGGCCCAGUCGCCGGGAAUGGAAUGCUCCGAGGGAUACGAGAGCUACGAGCCGCAAUCGCUGCCCGUCGUUCAGCAGCAGCAACUUCCGGGCAACGGAGAUGCAUCGAGCAUCAAGGGCGAUGAUUGUGAUAGCCUGACCAGUGCCACCGCCUGCCUGAGUAUCACCACCUCCACCUCGACGAAAAACUACGAUCGCAUCGAGGUGCAAAAGUACAAGAAUCAGGCCACCAGUCCGAAUAUACCCGCCUGUUGUGCCGUCGUCGAGAAGCUGGAACUGGAGGCUGUCGUCCAGCAGCAGCAGGAUCAGGAGCAAGAGCCCAUGGCAGGACCCUCCUCUUCCGGCUCGGCCACCUCCUCGGUGGGCAUCACUGAGCUACCAUCCAGCCAGACACCGCUGCCACCGAUGGCCACGCAGGUCAACUGUGACCUGCAAUCGGUGUCGCCCAGCUCCACGCCCUACAGCCAGUGCGAGGUGGUGAAGACUCCCAGCCAGAGCCACGCACCCAGUGCCGCCGUAGAGGAGCCCAAGACCACCACCUGGACGUACACGCAGAGCUACCAGGCGCCCGACGGCUCGACCGUCUUUCACACCACCACCACGCCCAACGGGGCAGCGCCCUACUGCGCCACCACAUAUCAGCAGGGGCCCGACGGCAGCAUCUAUGCGGUUCCGCAGGGCAUGGUCUAUGCCGCCUAUCCGCAGCCCGGCGUGGGCACCGCCGGCGGGGCCUCGCAGCCGCUCUUCCAGCUGACCACCAGCAGUCAUCCGCCCACCCAGACGCUCUUUGCCUCGCCGGAAACUGGCGGUGAGCUGCCCGGCGGCACCUACAUGAUACCUGUCUUCGAUCCGGCCCAGCAGCCGCGUGAGGGCCUCAUCCCGGCGCAGGCCAUCUACCAGACGGGGCCAGGCGGACCGGGUGCCACCACCACAGUGAUGCCGAUGGCAACGGCGGCCGCCUAUCCGACGGCCCAGUUCGCCACGGCAGCAGCGCCCAAUGGAGGACCGAUCUACCAGGCGCCGCUCAUCUACUCCAGCGAACCGGGCGGCGGAGCUCAGCUGCAACAGCUGCCGAUGGCCCCGUAUCCGAUUCAAUACUCCUACCCGUACUACCAUCCCAUCUCGUACUAUGUGCCCCAGCAGGCGGUGGCCGCGGCGCCCAUGGUGACCUCUCAGCCGCCAGUGGGUCAGCCCACCAUGCAGCCGCAGGCGGCGCACACGGGAGGUGGAACGGCAGCGGGUCCACCGACGGUGGUUUCCGUUUCGGGGCAACAUCAGCAGCAUCAGUCGCACCAGCAGCCGCACCACCAUCAGCAGCAGCAGCAGCACUCGACCUCCAGUGGCUACAGCACUCGGGUGAAACGCACACCGGGCGGUGGCUCCAUUCACUACAAUCCCAGCUACACACCCAGUUCGGUGAAUCAUCCGUCGGCGGGUUCUACACAGAUUAUUGCUGCCCCGGCGGCCAGCACAACCACAUAUCAUGCGCUGCCCACGCUGACGCUGGCCCACGGUGGUGCAGCGGCGGCUGGCACGGAUCUCAGUGGUGCGGGCGGUGCCCAUGUGUACGCUGUGCCCGCCCAACAUGCCGCCCUGAUCCCAACGAAUAUCUUUCCCUAUGCAGCGGCGGCGGCGGCGGCAGCAGGAGGUCCUCCAACGGCUCCGCAAGUGGUGCAACAGGCGCCACCACCACCGCCACAGAGUGCUCCGCAUCAUGCGCUCAUCACAGCGGCGCCGUUUUACCCGGAUCCUGGUGCCUCCCAGUCGGCGCCCAGUACUCCGGCGGCUCCGGGAAGGCAGGCUCCGCUGUUCAGCACACCGCCGGCUCCGAAUAAUGGGAGCAGCGGCGGCAGCAGCAGUGCGGGAGGAGGUGGCACCAACAGCGGUGGCUACCACAGCAACAGCUCCACGCCGCACUACUACCAGAACAGCCAGAACAGCAACGAGGGAUACACCUCUCCCUACGAGAAAAGGAACCACGGAGGUGGUGCCUCUGUGGGCGUGCGCAAGCCUUACCACCCAGGUGGCUACAAUCCCAGGCACUCGGUUCCCUUAAGUGGAAUCCCCUCGGGCGCCAAGACUCCACUGCUGAACUCCAACAAUGAGCCCACGCCGCGUGCCUCGCCGAGCAGCGUGAGUUUGGGAGGCGCCUCUUCGUCCGGUGGAGCCACUGGUAGCUACCAGCAUCGUGGGCCACCACCGCAUACGAUGGGCGUGAAGCGCGACAACAAGCCCAACCAGCUGCCGCUGAUCAGUGGACCGCCGCCCAGCUAUGCGAGCAACUCGAGUCCCGUCGGCGUCACCGGCUACGAGGCCAAGCCGCCCGUGCGCGGCCUGAAUGCCGGAGCCGCCAGCUUCCGCAGUCAGAAGUCCAUGAACCAGGACUACCGACGCAGCGUCUCGCAAAGGAAUUCGCCGAGUGCCAAUGGCGGCGGAAGUGGCAGCCACGAGAGCAGCAACAAUUCGCCCAACAGUAUUGUGGGCAGCCAGAGCAACAGUGCUGCCAACACGCCCAAUGCGGCAGCAGCAGUACAGCCGCAGGUUCAGCAGCAGCCGCAGCCACAGCAGACCACGUUGGUCAGCCACUCGGGAGGAUUUGUGGUGCUCGAUCAGACCACCGGAGCCGCCAUGAAUGCCUCGCCGCCCUCGCUUUACGGCGGAGGCGGUGGAGGAGCUGGCGGAGCUGCUGCUGGAGCUGCUGCAACCGGCUCGAAUGGCGGCCAUCAGCCGGGCGGCGGUGGCGGUGGCGCCCGCUCGCACAUUCCCACUGCCCAGCUGCACCACAGUGCCGCCGCUGCCGCCGCCGCAGCUGCUGGCAGCCAACAGGCCACGGCGGCGGUGCUCAGCGGCGUGGCCGCUGCCGCCCUCGGUGGCUACAAUCCAAACGGGGCGUCCGGCGUGUACUUCAAGUACGGCCAGACGUACUUUGCCCAUCCCUCGGUGGCCUUGCCCAACAGUCGACGAUCGCCGUCGAACGAUAUCCGGCCGCAAAUGGCGCAGGUGGCCGGCAUGUAUCCCACAAUGAUGAUACAAGCGCGUCAUCCCAGUCGCCAUCCGAACCCGAACUACAAAGGUUCGCGACCGCGGUAAAGCCCGGCCGGAAAACCAAUAUAGGAAACGCAAGCAAAACAAAAACUACAUACACAUAACGGCAUACCUAAGAUAAAUAUAAAUAGCAACCUAAUCUAGUGGAACAUAAAAAGUAGUUGACAACCAUAAAAACAACAACCAGAUGAAGUGGACCGGAUAAACGGAUGGAAUGGAUGGAUGGAAGAGCAGCGCGUAAGGAGAAUAGAACUCGUCGUUGCAGAGUUGUCCGUCGGGCAUUAUUGGUAGCAACUGGAAGGAAGGAUCGAGGGACGUGUGGCAGGGACUCAGUCACCAAAGUCACACUAAACUAUCCAUUAAACCAUGAUCCACACACCACCACAUGAGAGCCGGGGAGCGAAACAGAGCGAAGCCAUCACUGUUAUCUUCCGCAGCAAGCGAAGCGAAGGGAAAGGAGGGGGAGAACCGACAAAGCUUAGCAUAUAGCCUCUAUAUAGUUAAGGAGUAUUGUACGGAUAUAGCUACAAUAACUGAACCGCUACAGAAGAAAACAAUUGAAUGCUGUAUAUUUUGUGCCAUUAUAAAUAGUCUUUAAAAUAAAACAACAAAUCGAGAACCCGAAGAAGCAAUAAAUGAACACACACAACGACGGCCCCCCAAAAAAACAACAACGGACUUUCGAACUGAACACUCGACCGAUACGGAUACGUAACUUCCACUCCCCUUCUUCUCGAGCUAACAUAUAGGAUAUUCAGGUAGACUUUAGUUCCGAGAGAGCUCUCGACAGGACCGCAAAUAGACUGAGAGAAGUUUCAGAGAUCGAGUAAACAACCUCAGAGACGUUAGCUAUUUGCACGCUAAAGCAAGAGAAUCUCCGGGAAUUCUCGAAUACUAUUUUAACCGAUUAUUUUCAAAGCUGCUACCAAAAACCAAUAAAA